UUUCUCAAAAGCACGUUUCAGUAUCCACCCACUUUCCCUGACCUUAUACGACCACUCCAUCAUUGACUGACCCAACGAAUUUAGAUCCACUUGCAAGCUCACUCGCCUGAAGAUCUGUUUCCUUCUUCGUCACGCUCGCCUUCAUUCCUUUCUUUUCUGAGAAAACCCACAAGCCUUUAUUCAAUGGAUGCUACUGUUGAAGCUGCCCGUUCUUCCUAUUUCUUGAAGUCGUCAAUCCUGCCAUGGAAGUAUCAUGUUUUCUUGAGCUUUAGGGGAGAAGACACUCGAAAAGGCUUCACAGCUCAUUUACAUGAUGCUCUUCGACAAAGGGGUAUCAUAACCUUCAUAGAUGACGAGCUUCGCAGAGGAGACGUUAUUUCCUUUCAACUCGUCCGAGCAAUCCAAGAUUCUCUCAUCUCUAUUGUUAUUCUUUCGCAGAACUAUGCUUCAUCAACUUGGUGUUUGGAUGAACUCCAAAAGAUUCUUGAAUCUAAAGAAUCUCUAGGUAGAGAAGUUUUUCCGGUGUUCUAUAACGUAGAUCCAUCUGAUGUGCGGCAGCAAAGAGGAACAUUCGCAGAGGCUUUUCAAAAGCAUAGUGAGAGAUUUCAUGAACAUGAAGGGAAGGCACAGAGAUGGAGAAAUAACUUGAAAGAUGUUGCAAAUUUAUCUGGCUAUCACUCUAAGAAUAAGCUUGACCCAAAAUUCAUUGAAGAAAUUGUCAAAGGUGUAUGGACAAAACUACAACAUGUCCUGCCUAGUUACAAAACCAACAAAUUUGUUGGAAUGGAGUCAAAGAUAAAAGAGGUUAAUUUGAUUUUAAAGAUGGGACUCAAUGAUGUUCGCCUAUUAGGAAUAUGGGGAAUGGGCGGUAUAGGAAAAACAUCUCUUGCAAGAGUUAUCUAUGAAACAAGCUAUUAUCAGUUUGAUCUUUGUUAUUUUUUUGCUGAUGUUAGGGAUGUUUUUGAAAAGGAAGGAUUAGUUCCCCUACAAAAAAGAUUUCUUUCACAUAAUGGGAAGCUGAAAGGAAUAGAAUUUGAUGAUGCAUAUGAUGGAAUGAAGAAAAUAAUAAGCAUUCUAUGCAACCAAAAGGUUUUGAUAGUGCUUGAUGAUGUAAGUGACAUGAGCCAACUUGAGUACCUUGCUAUAAAGCAAGCUUGGUUAGGUAUAGGAAGUAGAGUAAUAGUCACUACUAGGAAUAAGCAGCUAUUGGUAGCUCAUGGAGAAUUUGAAAUUCACGUGGCACAAUGUUUAAAUGAUGAGGAAUCUCUUCAACUCUUUUGUCAGAAGGCUUUUAAAAGUGAUAAACCAAAAGAAGAUUAUUUGGAGCUGUCAAAUAACGUGGUUAAAUUGGCUGCUGGCCUUCCUUUGACACUUGAAGUGUUGGGUUGUCAUCUGUAUGGAAGAAACAUAGUUGAGUGGAAAGAUGCUUUGGAGAAAAUAAAGAAAUUUCCACCAAAUGACAUUCUAAAGAGACUUCGAAUAAGUUAUGAAGCAUUAGAUCCAAUGGAAAAAAAAAUAUUUUUGGAUAUUGCAUGCUUCUUCAAAGGAAUGCACAAAAGUAAAGUGAUGGAAAUAUUAGAAAUUUGUGGUUUUCACCCUAUCAUUGGUAUCAAAACACUUGUUGACAAAUGCUUGUUAAUUGAAUAUGAAGACGAUCAUGACCCAUCUUUAGGCAUGCAUGAUUUGUUACAAGAAAUCGGUAAAAGUAUUGUUUUGGAAGAAUCAAUUAAGGAUGCUAGUAAACGAAGUAGGUUAUGGUCGAUAGAGGAUAUUAUUCAUGUAUUGACAAAAAAUAAGGGAAUUGGCUUUAUUGAGAUUAUACAGCUUGUAUCAUCUAUGAAAUGCAAAACAAGUUGGGGUCCUGAAGCAUUCUCAAUUAUGUAUAAUCUUAGAAUACUCAUAAUCAGAUCGUGUGAUGUGUGCCUCCCUUUGGGACUUGAAUGCUUUCCUAGUUCAUUGAAAAUUCUUGAAUGGGAGAAAUAUCCAUUAAAAUCCCUCCCACUUGGUGUUCAUCCGCAUGAACUUGUGCAAAUCAAAAUGCAUCAUAGUAAAAUCACAAAACUUUGGAAUGAAGCCCAGAUGUCAGGAAAGUUAAAGAUAAUUGAUUUGAGUUAUUCGGAAGAUUUAAUUCAAACUCCUGAUUUUUCAUUAUUGUCAAAUCUAGAGCACCUAGAUCUUAAAGGUUGCAUAAAACUUGUUGAGGUGCAUCCAUCACUUGGACAGCAUAAGAAAAUCACUGAAGUGAAUUUGGAAGCUUGUAAAAAUCUAAAAGCUCUUCCUUGUAGGCUGGAAAUGGACUCUUUAAAAAAAUUGGCUCUUUCUGGUUGCUCCAAAUUGAAAAAGCUUCCUGAGUUUGGAGAAAAUAUGAAAUGCUUAUCAAUAUUGAAGUUGAAAGAUUGCAAAAAUCUUCUGUGUCUUUCAAGUAUUAUUGGUAACCUGAAAUCUCUCAAAACUCUUGAUAUAUCUGGUUGCUCAAAAUUUUCAUCAUUACUAGAAAAUGUGGAUGAAAUUGAGAGUAUAGAGGAGCUUGAUGUGAGUGGUUCUUCUAUAAAAGAAAUACCAUCAUCCAUUAUUAAUUUAAAAUUCUUGAAGAGAUUAAAUGCAAAUGGAUGCAAUGGAAUUGCACUAGACUCUUCAUGGAGCUUACUUUCUCCAAUUGCAAGGGUCCUCGGGUUCAAUAGUUAUAAAGCUCCCAUGAGGUUGACACUGCCUCCUUCUAUCUCUAGCUUAUCCUUAUUGACGGAAUUAAACUUAAGAAAUUGCAAUUUAAGUCCUAGAUCAAUUCCAAAUGAUCUCGGUUGUUUACCAUCUUUGGAGCUUCUUGAUCUUAGUGAAAAUGAUUUCAGCAACCUACCUUUUGGAAGUUGCGUUCUUCCACCUUCAUUCUCAAGUUUGUCCUCAUUGAGGGAAUUGUACUUGAGUCAUUGUAAUCUAUGUGAUGGUUCAACUCUUAAUGAUCUUAGUCGCUUGUCAUCCUUAGAACGAUUAUCUCUAUCAGGGAACAAUUUUACUAACCUACCAUCUACUUUCAUCUCUAAGCUCCUGGCUCUACAAUAUCUUUACAUGCUUGAUUGCAAUAGGCUUUUAUCACUGCCAGAUGUUCCACCCAAUAUUAAAUAUCUUGAUAUAGGUUGCUGUCAUCCCUCAACAAUGAGAGUCUUAUCAUCUCCACAUGUGUUAUGGAGAAUUCUUUAUCAUCUUAUAAUAAUAUAGUAUGGCGUUCAGCACUUGUUUUUGCUCCAGGGAGUGAAAUUCCACCUUGGUUUUAUAAUCAAGAUUUUGAUUUUCUUGACAGUGAAAAAAGCUGCAUCUCAAUAAAAGUUGACACUUCUCAAUUUUGUGGUUCAAGUGAAAGCUAUAGAAUUUUUUGUUGCCUUGUGAUACAAGAUAUGGUGCCAGAAAAGCCAACGAACAUAAGUCACUAUUUGAUUAAAUGGCACAACUUUAGCUUUUGCCCCCGUAAUUUAGAAGCCAACAUCUGUCAUCUGCUUAUUUUUGUUAUUCAUCCCUCUUAUAUGGAAAAUGCAUGCAAUGACCAAGUUGAGAUAGAAAUUCAAACAACUUGGUAUUCGUUAUUGCCUAGUCAUAAAGGUGAAAAAAUAGAGUUAAUAAGAAAGUGCGGGUGGCGUGUAGCAAGCAAGGAAGAAAUUGAAGAGUGCAUGCAUGACCAAAUGCCAUGAAGAUUUGGCACAAGAUAUGAUUGGUAACUCAACAUCUUCCUUUAUCUUUUGUUUUAUGUUGAAAUUGUUCUCUGUAUAGUUUAUAUAAAUACUUGUUAUAUGUAACAUCCUGAAUUUCUUAAUCUCGAGAUUAGUGGUUAAUCGAUGGUAAGAUAGUAAUUAGUGUGGGAUUAGAUGUUUGGAUGAUUACUUGAUGAUUUGAUUCAUUAGGAUGUUGUAUGACUAGGUACAGGUGGAAGGAAUGCGUUUCGGGUCGAAGCAAGUGCACAUAGUGAUAAUAAAUCUUACUGUGCCAUGUGCUGUGGUUUGUGCUGCAUGCGCCGCAGCACAUAGACCAAAAAAUGCCUUCAUUAAUCAUGAAAUUUCAAAAAUUUCAUAAGAGUAAAUUUUAGAAACACAUUAGAGGAGGAGAAAAGAAGGGAUGAGAAGCUAGAGCAAGUUAUUUCAGGUUAUUGGGAGGUGCUUCUGAUCGAUAACUUAUCAAGUAAAUUAUGUAUAACUCUUAUCUUUCAGUCUACAUAAAUUUCUCUAAAAAUGAGUUAUAGAGAAAUUAAAUCGAUAAAAUUUAAGGGUUUUGAUUCUUGCCCAAUAGUAAUAAAGUUUUCGAGAGUUAAGUUAGAGCUUUGUGAUUGAUUUAAAGCUGAACGGUAGAGCUUUAAACUUGUAGGCUCCAUUUGACCCUUAAAGAGAGAAAGUUUAGGACAAAAAUCAUGUUUAAGUGAAACAAGACCAGUUAAAGUGAUGUAAAAUAGUAAUCGAAUAGUAUUAGACCUAGAAUGGAUAAAUGAAAAAGAAUUUAUGGUUGAGUAUAGCUCUAAGUAGUAAAUAUGAGUUUUUGUUCAAAAUAAAUCAAAUGAUUAAAAUGUGUUAAAUAUGUUCAGAUUGCCCUAUUGGACAUGUGAGUAGAGAAAGGAAGUUUGAAAUAUGCUAUUGUGAUAGUUGAAAUUUACGGGUAACCUUUCUAGUAACAGAAGAGUUAAGGUAACCGAAUAAUUUUCUUUGUUUGACUGUUUAUUGUAACUGUGUAUGAGUAUGUUAUGUAAUGCAUGAAAUCAUUUUGAACUAAGCAUGUUUUAUAGCAUUGCAUAAUUGUUGUGUGAAACGACUUUUGAUUGAAAUAAAGCAUUGAAAUGUGUGAUUUCAAAUGGCAUGUAUUAAAUAUAUUUGUUAUGUGUAAGAAAGUAUAGAAAGCAGUAAUGAGGAACAUUAAAUAGUUUGAAAAGCAUGAUCAUAGGGGUGGGAGUUCACCAAGUAGAGAGGUGGUGAUAAGACUAUAUGGCAUAUUCUCCUUAGUGCCCGGCAGGGUAUGGUGUUAGAAAAAAUUCUCCUUAGUGUCUUAUAAGGUGAAAUGUUGGAGAUCUCUUUAAUACCUAUUGAGGUGUGUUGUUGGAGAUGUGAGACUCCUUAGUUUCUAUGUGAUAUAGUGUUGGAGUCAAUAACAUCCUAUUGUGUGUAUUAGGGAAAACUAUAGUCCGUAUGUGCGAUAAAACAUCUUUGGUCAGGUGAUUCUACCACUGCAAGUGAGCUCAAGGCCAAUUGAAAUAUACAUUAGUCUAAGACGAGCCUAUGGUUUCGUGUCGAAGGAAUUUAGAGGUUCGAUCGAUGGUGAUCAUGCUAUGAGAUGCUAUGUGAAAGUGGUGAAAAGUGGGGAAUGGAUAUGUUAUAUGAAUAUGAAUGAAAAUGAGAUAUGUGAUAUAAAUACUAUUUUAAUGAGAUUUAAAUGAUAUACUAUGCUUUACUUUCAUAUUGUUGCAUGUGAUAGUCAAUAGGAAUGAGUUAUUUUAUUAUUGAGAUUUUUAUUUCACCCCUAUGGUUACAUGUUUACAGGAUCGGGUAGUAUAAGGGAAGAGAGUUUGAACUGACUUGAGUUGUAAAGCCACGUAUACUCUGAGAUUGUGUAAUGAAUUAAGAAACUUAUGUGCAUAUAUGUAAAUGAGUUGCCAUAAGGUUACAUGCAUGACUUAAUUAGUUAUUUUGUGAAAUCUUAGCCCAAUUGUAUAUAUAUGUGAUAGAAUGAAUUAAGGGGCUAUGAUUUGGUUAUGUUUAUGUUAAAGUUGUUGAUUGUUGGUGAAUCUUAAGCUUAAGUGAGAAAUUAUGAUGAAAUGAGCAAUUUAAAGCUAAGAUUGUAAUGUGAAUUUGAAUAUGUAUGUUUAUAUUGAGAGAAAGGCCAAGUGGCUUAUAUUGUGCCAAGUGUAAACAAAUUGUGUAAAUGUGUGAAAAGUGAAAUUGACUGUAGAAGGGUCAAAUUUUGAUAUAUGUUUAUAAUUGUGAUGAAUUAUGGUCAAUCAGGUAUAUUAUGUUCUUUUAGACUUGAUUUAAGGCCUUAUGUGGUCUAAUGAGAGAAAGAGAUCGAUUUGACUGUUUGGGUGUGCAAAUUUUUCAUAAAAGUGACUUUUUGCACUCGAGUGUUUAAAUUUUGAUUAGACUAGUAGAUCGUGUCUAAACUUUUUUCAUUAGUUAGCUUAUGAAUUAAGUUACUUAUGGACAUUGGAAUCAUUCCGAUCGAAUGUUAUAUGUGAAAAUGGCGUACAUCGAAAUUUUAUCAUUUUUGUUAUUAAAAUGAUAGCAGAGGCACGCUACGGUGCAUGGUGUCACUGUGGUGCAUGACACAGAAAUGUUGAAUGUGUGGCUCUGCGCCACACGUUGCGGUGCACGUACUGCACAUCACGGUGCAUGGACCAUUUUCUGAUUUGAUAUUGUGAAUUUAGAUACAUGUAAUGAUUGAAAUGGGUAUAUAUAAGUCUUUUCUGUUGUGUAUUGCUUUGAUUGCAUUGUGAUUUGAAUGGUUUUGUAAAAUGAGUCUUGAGCUCAAGCUUUUCAAACAAACAUUUGAUUAUUGAUUGGUGUUUUUAAUGUGGUAAUUUUAUUAAUCUUUUCCUGUAUUUGGAGGAUAUAGGGAAAGGUUACAUUAUAUAUGUGUAUAAAUAUUUAACAAUACUUUUAUUUACUUGUCUAUGAACUUUGAAAGUAGCACGUUUAGCACACAAGUUCCAUGAUUUUCACUCCACUUCCAUCUUGAACAUGCCAUUUGUUUUUCCUAUUUUCAUAUAAAUUAAGUAAAUACUACUUUUGUAGUAGCUUCUUAAUCUAUAUAUCUUAUCUAUAUAUCCUAAGUAUUUGUCGUGGAAGCAAUAACCAUAUGAUUUUUUUCGUUUUUUUAAAUAUUUUCUUUCCAUUUUACAUGGUAUUUUCUAAUUUUGAAUAGUAAAUAAAAAUAAAAGUAUAAUAUAAUUCCUAAUAAAAAGAUAGUUGUAAGACCUAUAAUAAAAAUAAGUACUCCUUCUGUUAAAAAAAGAUAAGACAUUUUUUAUUUUUUAAUUUGUAAUUAAUGGAUUUUCUUAAACUAUCUUUAAUAGAUUAAUCACUCAAUCCUUCACCUUUAAGUGAAAUAUUUUAUUAAAUAAGGGCAAAUAAAAAGAGAGAUUGUUUGUUUAAAGACAAUUAAUUAACAUAUUUUAUGUAAAUUUAUAAUUUGAAGUAAUGUUACUUAAAAUUUUAAUUUUAUAAUUUUACCAUUACAAACUCGCCUAAUCUUUAUCCCCCUCUAAUUAAAUUGAAGAUUUAUGUCCCUUGGAUUGCAUGGGUACAAAAUCUAGUUUAUACAAGGAUAGAAGUAGUUUAAGCUCAGUUUUGAACUAGUGAGCAGAAAAAUGUGUCCUUCAAAGCAUGUGCUCAUGAAAGCAGGGGAACCAAUUCUGAAAAUUGUAAUACAAUUGACAUUAUUUGCAAACUAGAUUUUAGUGACCAUGUUUCAUGUAGAGUUUGAAGUAAACCUUAUUGGUUAUACCUUAUGAAUAGCGUUGCUUAUUAUAAAUUAUAUGGAGAAUUUUAGCAGAUGAUUAGGGGUGUGACAUAAUAAUAAGUAAGGCCUAUUACAAUUUGAAUUUUUAGUUUAGUCUAAGAAGACUGAAAUGAAAUUAAUUUAAAUAAUAAAAGAAUUGAAAUAGCCUCUUUUUAAACAUUAAAAUAAUAGUGAUUAGAUUUACAUGUAAUAUUGAGAAAUUAAAAAUUAAAAUUGAAAAUUCAACGACUAAGUUGUUCCAUAAAUUACCCAUUCAAUCAGUUUAUUUGGAUUUAUGAAGCAAUAUCAGUUGUUAAUAUGUCAACUAUACUCAUUGAUUCCCAACAUCACUUGUAAAUUACUUUACUUGAUUGAUGAUCCUUGAUUUAUUUAAUUAAUUUAUCUAAACUUAUAAAACUACAUCAAUUGUUAAUAUCGCUACUUUUUAAUUCCCUAACAUCACUUGUACAUUACUUGACUUGUUAAUUUUUAAGAAAAUGAGAAGACUUGUUAAAUCAAUUUAUUCAAAUUUAUGAAAUAAUUUUAGUUGUUAAUUUCUUAAUUUUAAUUGUCAAUUUCCCAACAUUACAUGUAAAUUUGACUGUUAUUUUUUAAUUUUUAAAUAUAUGCUACUUUGAUCUUUUCAUAAUUUAAAUUAAUUUUAUUUUAAUCUUGUUGAACUGAAUUAAAAUUUCAAAUUUUAAUGAGCCUUAUUUACUAUCAUGUCACAUCUCUGACCUUUUGUUGAAAUUUUCCCUAAAUUAUAUAUAUCUAUAGGUGCACAUAUUGAUUCAAUGAGAUAGAGAAACUUAUAAUAAGAGCUUAAAAUUUUGAAAUUCGGAUUGAACGAAGAUAUAGUAUAAGUUGAGGUUAGAUCAGUAGUGCUGAAAUGAGAAAAAUGAUCAAUGUUAGCAUUUGAUAUUGGAGGUCAAGAUAUGGAGACCAUGCAUUGAGGUCCAAAGUUUUUCUUACUACCUGAAAAGCCUGCAAAAGGAAUUAUCAACAAAUAGAUAAGCAUUUUUAUUUAAAUAUUUUUAAUCUAAUAUAACAUGCUUAAUUUACUAGCACGAAUGACACAACAAAACAAAUAACAUAAAAUAUUCCCUUUUGUGGUACGAGUAUGCUUCACUCAUAAAUUACACUUGGAAUGUGCAGAUGCAGAGCAUGAAGAUGCCAAUUUGCUUGGAGCAAUCAGAUAACAUUUUAAAAGCAGGGAAAUGGAGUGAUAGACCAAGAAAGGAGCAUGUUUGGAGCUAAAUAAAUAUAUUCCAGAGAUCAUUUGGAUCCCUUUUGUCCUCGUGUUUUCUUGGACUAGUGGAGGACCACGUCUCUUGUUUAUUGUGGAGAAUGUUGUGUUGAUUUUUGAAGGUUAAAUAUUAUUUUUACUUUCAAAGUAUGCUUAAAUUUUUUUGUUGAUU